UGUGCUGUAGGGGGCGCUGGUGGAUAGCAUUGAACAGGAUUACUGUGCUGAUGGGUGGGGUGUUUGUUUAGAGGCUGUUGCUUGUUCGUUCAAGUUCACCCACACUAGCUCUAGCCUAUGCUGAGUGUGCUGAGCUCCACUACAGUAGUCUUGCAGCCCAGCAGACUGUCUAUGAGCCUCCAUAGAGACCUGAUCCACACUGGGGUGUUCCAAUGACUGUAGAAGUGAACUGUAGCUCACACACAAGUCCAUACUGUAUAUGAGCUAACAGUUUGAGACCACAGUGCAUUUAUACCAGAGCAGUGGCACUGUAAUGUUGAACUGUGGCAUGGUGGAUGACUAUUAUGAUGUCAUAAUGUGGCAUAGUGAUGUCAUGAGCGGGUAGUUGGCUGUACCAAUGGGCUGCAGCUCAGAAUUGCCCCGAGAAGGGAAGGUGGACAGAAGGGAAAGCGAGGAGACGGUUUGAGCAGGACAGGGACGGCUAGUGACGGAAUGAAGAUGGUCAAGGAAGAGGACGUCUGUGAACGCAUAGAGGACCAGCGCAGCAGGAUUCAGCUCAUGGAACACUACAAGCUGUCUUAUUACCAGACCUCCCAGGAUGCGAUUGCCAGGAACAGGAAGAUGAUCAAGAGCCUUCGGGCUGAGAGCAAGGAGAAGCUGGCCAGCCUCGCCAAGGCCUGGAAGAUGGACCACACUCUCAUCACCAAGGCGUGUAAAGACAGGAAAGAGAUGAGGCUGUGUAUGGAGAGGAGCAGAGUCCAGGAUGUGAAGGAGACUCUGAACAGGAAGCUCUACGCUCGCGUCAAUCUGUGCAACACGGCCGGCUUCCAGGUGAGGCAGCGGGAGAGGCAGCUGCAGACCCUGCAGGACAGGCUGGCUGCCAUGGGCAAGCUGAGCACCCCCGACGAGACUGGGGUGCAGGAGCAGCAGUGGAUUCGACAGCUGGAGAACAGCACUGAGAAGAUGCUCAUCAAAGCAGCGGCCGCCAAGAAGCUCCAGGUGACCUACAUGAAGAUCCUGGAGUUCCUGCAGGAGGAGGUGCGUCGCAUGCCCCUGGUGGUGAGCGACGCAGAGGCGGCUCUGAAGACGCACAGCGCAGAGCUGCAGACCCUGACUCAGAUCACACAGGACGCCACGGCAGACAUGCAGCAUGCCAAGAUGGCGCUGGAUGGUCUGGAGCAGGAUUACACGGAGGAGAGGAAGGCCCGGGACAUCUCACUGGCCGUGAAGAAGAAGAUGGGGGCUGCGGAGAAGCUGUGUUACAAGGACAUCGCGGAGAAAUCCGUGCCGAGGAGGGAAAGACUGAAAGACCCAAAGACUGAAAUUCGUAUUAUAUCAGAAACAUCAAUGACAGGUCUGAAGACUGGUGCCAUGUCCUACAGCGAGAUCCAAGCCAAGCUGUGCCAGAACCUGGAGAAGCUGAAGGGGGCUGUCGGCUGUUCUGAUAUCAAGGCGAUCGAGGGCAGGCUGGUGAAUCAGAGAGCCAAGCAGACGCACCUCCUGGGCAGGAUUGCGGAGUGCGAGGCCCGGGAGGCUGAGCUGAGGUCCAGGCUGAAGGAGCUGCAGCUGGAACAUGCCCAGCACAAGUUCCACCUGGGACCGGAGACUGAGAGGGAGGAGCGCAGGGGGCAGCAGCUCACUGAGGAGCUGGAGAGGGAGGAGAGGAGGAGGAACCUGUGGAGCUCCAGACUCUGUGUCACUGAGGAUGUCCUCCACUCCUCUCAGGACGGGUUAGAUGACCUGUUCCUCAAACUGUACUCCUUCACCCUCGAUUCCAAGAAGCCUGUUGAAAGAGCUCCCCUGGACUCUUAUGAUAAGCUGAUAAGCUGCGAGCUGAAGAUGCUGAAGCUGCUGGAUUACUUCCUCAGCCUCUCUCCGCCUCUGCAGGCCUCCAUCGAGGAGCAUGACAAGGUCUGGCAUUUCAUGGAGACGACGGCAUCGAACGAGCCUGGGAACGUGAAAAUCCCUAUCCAGCUGAUCUCUGGCACUGCGUCUGAAGACUCAUUCCAGUUCCUGAACCAGGAGCAAGAUUACUCCCUGAGCCGGGAGGAGAUCAAGAAGAGGGGCAGCCAGCUGAUCGAGAAGCACGUCCUAAAGAAACCGCAGCCGGCCGGGCCCAAGAGCUAGAGGCGUGAUCGCCAUCCAUCCAACAUGCCGUGCAACACACAGGAAAGAGGGGGUUAUAGGGAAAAGGAUUUCACUCCAAAACCAAGAAAUAAAAACAUGCGUUAUUAU